UGAGUGGAUCUCCCCCUAUCACAAACCUUAUCGCCUACACACCCAUGCUUACGAGCGGAGAAACAGCCAUAUCCUCCCUCAAAGUUAACCCCUUUUUCCCACCUUAACUUCAUAUAUAGCAUGGUUUUCUCACGACGAAUCAGAGGAAUCCAAUUUCUCUCUCUCUCUCUCUUCUUCGGAGCAGAAGAAAUUACAAGAAGUCUAUCUCAAAGUUCUGAGGUAAAGCUCUCAAAUUGAGGCCUUGCGUUCUUCUUUUGGAACGAAAUUAGGGUUUCGGAGGGUAUCUGGGUGAGGAUUGGACGUCCUUUUGUUCAAGAUUGGAACUUGAUUGUGUUCUUGCCACUCGGGUUGCGGUUCAAAGAUGCAAUUUUUAUGCUAGUUUGGUGGGAGUUGCGUGUUUGUGUGGCCUGCUUGCGGAGCAAUGGCGUCUCCGGCUUCCCUCGCGUCGCUGGGAAGCGCGAGGUCCGUUUCCCCGGGAGUCUUCGAGGUGUUUCCCUCUGUCGUCGCUGUUCGGAGGGUUCAUGUCGUUUCUAGUAUUAGAGUCGGUGGCUUCGACGGCUGGAAGAAAUGGCGUCGCGUUCGAGGCCGAGUGUGUAAGUGUAUGGUGACCACCAAUUUGAUUGAGGAGAGAGAAAUCCCGUUCUCUGCGGAGUCCACAUUGAAGGUCAGUAACAGCAGCGGUGGCAGAAACGAUGAUGCGGAUCUCAUCCUCAAGCCUCCUUCCAAGCCUGUGCUGAAACCCCUCCCUAACGGCCAGGUUGAUCCUUCGAACUCGGGCUCCUCCAUUUGGUCAUCCGACAUGGUUGUCCGUGAGAAGCCGAUGGCCGCAGUGGAAGACACAGAGAAAGUGAUAGAAUCUCUUGGUGAGGUUUUAGAGAAGGUGGAAAAGCUUGAGACUACGAAUGCCGUCAAAUUUGGUGGUAAAGAUAUCAAGGGCAAUGGUGCGCCCAGUGGCGGCUCCAAACCGGUUGGGCCAGAGAAUGCAACUUCAUCUCCUAGGAAGUCGAAGACGCUUAAGAGCGUUUGGCGGAAGGGGAACCCUGUGGCAAGCGUACAAAGGGUAGUUAAAGAAUUGCCCAAGGUCAGGGAGGAUAGGAAGAAAGAUAUCCCUAUAACCACAGAGACGAAGAUAUCAGGUGCUGCUCAAGUUGCUCCUUUGAGGCCUCAAAUGCCUUCGCCGGCCAGGCCGAAGCUGCAAGCAAAACCUGCAGCUGUUCCGCCUUCCACUCCUGCAGUAAAGAAGUCUGAUGUCCAGAAGGAAAGGAAACCAAUUCUUAUAGAUAAAUUUGCAUCCAAGAUACCAGUUGAUGAUCCAAUUGCAGCUGAGGCGAUUUUAGCAACCCCUUUGAAGCCAGCAAAAGGGCCCCCACCAUCCAAAGUCAAAGAUGAACGACGUAAGAAAUCAAGUUCUACUGGUGGAUUGCGCAGACGUAUGACAAAUGAUGGAGAGAUAUCCGAAGAGGAAGCCUCAGAACUUGAUGUGCCUAUCCCUGGGGUAACAGAGCCAAGGAAAGGGAGGAAAUGGAGUAAGGCAAGCCGUAAGGCAAGCCGUAAGGCUGCAAGACUGCAAGCAGCCAAAGCUGCAGAACCUGUUAAAGUCGAGAUUCUUGAGGUGGGUGAAGAGGGCAUGUUGACAGAGGAGUUAGCAUAUAACUUGGCUGUCGGUGAAGCAGAUAUUCUUGCAUUUUUGUUCUCAAAGGGAGUUAAGCCUGAGACAGUUCAUGCUCUUGAUAAAGACAUGGUCAAGAUGAUAUGCAAGGAAUAUGAUGUGGAAGUAAUCGAAGUUGACCCGGUUAGAGUGGAAGAAAUGGCAAAGAAGAAGGAAGUACUUGAUGAGGAUGAUCUGGACAUGUUAGAAGAUAGGCCUCCUGUUAUUACAAUCAUGGGACAUGUGGAUCACGGAAAGACAACACUACUGGACUAUAUUCGAAAGAGCAGGGUGGUAGCAUCAGAGGCAGGUGGAAUAACUCAAGGUAUUGGCGCAUACAAGGUUCUUGUCCCAGUUGAUGGAAAGCCUCAACCAUGUGUCUUUCUUGAUACCCCGGGGCAUGAGGCAUUUGGUGCAAUGAGGGCACGUGGAGCAAGAGUGACCGACAUUGUCAUCAUUGUAGUGGCUGCUGAUGAUGGAGUCCGCCCGCAGACCAGUGAGGCAAUAGCUCAUGCAAAGGCAGCUGGGGUGCCUAUUAUCAUUGCCAUUAACAAGAUAGAUAAGGAUGGAGCAAAUCCAGAAAGGGUUCUGCAAGAGCUUUCUUCUGUUGGCCUUAUGCCAGAGAUAUGGGGUGGUGACAUUCCUAUGGUUCAGAUUAGUGCUCUUAAAGGAGAGAAUGUUGAUGAACUGUUGGAGACUGUUAUGCUUGUGGCAGAGCUGCAAGAAUUGAAAGCCAAUCCUCAAAGAAAUGCUAAAGGCACCGUUAUAGAAGCAGGUCUUGAUAAAGCAAAAGGAGCUGUUGCCACACUUAUUGUGCAAAAUGGAACCCUUAAGAAGAGUGAUGUUGUAGUAUGUGGUGAAGCUUUUGGAAAGGUGCGUGCUAUGUUUGAUGACAGAGGUGGUCAUGUUGAUAAAGCUGGACCAUCAAUGGCUGUGCAGGUAAUCGGUCUCAGUAGUGUUCCUAUUGCUGGUGAUGAAUUUGAGGUUGUCAAAUCCCUUGAUGUGGCACGCGAAAGGGCAGAAGCAUGUGCAGAAUCAUUAUGGGUUGCACGGAUAUCUGCAAAAGCAGGGGAAGUUAAGGUCACUCUGUCUUCCAUCGCUUCUGCUGUUGCAACAGGGAAACAAUCUGGUCUAGAUGUGCACCAGUUGAAUAUUAUUCUAAAGGUUGACGUCCAGGGUUCGAUCGGAGCUAUCAGACAAGCUCUUCAAGUGCUCCCUCAAGGUAAUGUCAGUUUGAAGUUCCUCCUCCAGGCUCCAGGGGAGGUGAGCACUAGUGAUGUUGAUCUGGCUGUUGCUUCUGAGGCCAUUAUAUUUGGUUUCAAUGUGAAAACACCUGGUUCAGUUAAGAGCUAUGCAGACAAAAAAAAUGUUGAGAUUCGUCUGUAUAGGGUCAUUUAUGACCUUGUUGAUGACAUGAGGAAUGCAAUGGAAGGACUUCUAGAGCCUGUUGAGGAACAAGUUCCAAUAGGAACAGCAGAUGUUCGAGCAACAUUCAGUAGCGGUAGUGGACGUGUUGCUGGAUGCAUGAUCACUGAAGGAAAGGUGGUGAAAGACUGUGGUGUUCGGGUUGUUCGGAAUGGGAAGACAGUUCACACUGGCACAAUUGAUUCUCUUAGACGAGUGAAGGAAGAUGUCAAGGAGGUUGGUGCCGGGCUAGAGUGUGGAAUUGGUGUUGAUGAUUUUGAUGAUUGGGAAGCUGGAGAUGUCAUAGAAGCUUUCAAUAUGGUGAAAAAGCAACGGACACUUGAAGAGGCAUCUGCAACAGUGGCAGCUGCAUUAGUUGGAGCUGGUAUCGAAUUGUGAAGCGGAAAACAGAAAUAGUUGAUUGAGGACAUUCUGGUCGAUUUGACAUGCAUAACCUGUGGCAGUCUUGUAAAACCAUCCCGCUGGUGGCGGUUCAAAGCAACUUCAUCAAGCUUUUGGCAGGUUAAGUUACAUGUCACAUCUUCGAAUUGAUCUUUGAAGCUGCUCUGCUUCUCUGCCAUAUAAGCUUAUGUAAAGUGAAUCUCAGAAGUCAGAUGUUAUUUCUAUUUCUUUUUUUUCUUUGUCCACAGAGAAGGGCACUAGAUCUUUUUUUUUUUUUCUCAGUGAUUCAAUUACCUGUAACAAAUAGUGAUCGUUUUAUAUUUCAAAGCAUUGCUUCCUCACGACAGAUCGAUGCUGUCCUGAGUUUAUUUAUUGCCCGAUGUAUGAAAGAAACCAUACCUAAAAGGAAAUAUAUACCAUUCUAUUUGCAGAA